AUGAAAAACAUGACAAUAAAAGAAUGCUGUUGUUUCUUGAAGAAACUUAGAAACCCAAGUCGAAUUAUCCACUACGCUCUUCUUGCUUCUGAGACGUCAUUUUCCAUCAAUGAAAUAGAGGCACUAUAUGAUCUUUUUGAGAGACUAAGUUAUGCUAUCAUUGAAGAUGGCCGUAUUCAUAAGGAAGAGUUCCGGCUUGCUCUUUUCAGUAAUAGCACUAUGCAGAAUCUGUUUGCAGAUAGAAUGUUUGACUCAUUUGACAUCAAGAAAAACGGAGUUAUUGAAUUUGAUGAAUUUGUUCGUUCUCUAAACAUCUUCCAUCCUGAUACUCCUGAUUCUGCUAAAAUUGAGUUCAUGUUUCGAUUGUAUGACUUGAAGCAAACUGGAUUCAUCGAACGAGAUGAGUUGAAGGAGAUGGUUUUGGCUCUCUUGAGUGAAAUGGAUGCUGAGUUAUCAGAAGAUGCAGUUGAAGCUAUCUUGGAUAAGACCAUUUUGGAUGCAGAUCUAAAUGGGGAUGGAAAGAUUGAUUUAGAAGAGUGGAAGGUAUUAAUCUCAAAGUAUCCAUCCAUUCUGAAGAACAUGACUCUUCCACUUCUUAGGGAAAUCACUCAAGCAUUCCCAAACUUUGUGUUGAAUACUCAAGUCCGAGAGCUAGAAGUAAUAACAUAAGAAGCAGCAAAGCUGCCUGCUACAAGUCAUCUUUCACAGUACCAACCCCAAGUUUUGUUUGUACAAGCAUCUGUUUUCAUCUUUAUGUGCAGCAACUGUAGAAUUUUGUAAGUUAUGUGACCAAUUCCUCAUGUAAUCAUCCAUUUAACAGUCCAAGUUUAGUCAAAUAACAUUGAGGGUGUUAAAAUCA